AUGGACACAGUGGAUGAUAUAUACAAAACAGUAUGCAGUACACCUGUUCGAAAACGGAAGAAACCAACCUCAUCACAACAGCAAGAUACGACCAAUUAUGUUGCUUCUAGCAGUUCAAAGUUUGUUGAAACUGCAAAAUCAAAACCUAAGAAAGAACCUCUUAAAAAAGCAAUAUCUCCUGAGAUUAUAGAACAAGAGCAAUCCUCAUCAUCUAGAUCAGAAGAAGAUGAUGACGAUCUGGGUUUUGAUAAGGAAUUGCCAUCAGACCAAGAUGAAGAUGACGAGGAUUAUGUGCCAGCAGAUGAUGAGGAUGACUCUUCAUACGAUGAUAACAGAAAGAAAAGAAAACAAGAGACGGUAAAAAAGGAAUACUCAACCCCAAAAGGGACGAAAAGCUCCAAUCAACACUCAGAACGAAAGAAGAAGCUAUUGGAUGAUACAACGGCCGUGCAAUCGCUUAUGAUAGCAAUAGUCCAACAAAUUGAGCGCAAUGAAAGCAAGAAAGAGGGUGAAAAUAGCCAGUACAUCAUUCAGAACGAGAAGGAGAUUGAGCAAAUGAAGCUUCCUGACAACUGGAGUGGCACCAAAGAAAUUGCAGAUGACCGUAUUAAUCUCGUCAAGUACAUGAUGAAAGCUUUGGAAAUAGAGGUAUCUACAGCCACUAAAUGUGAUGCCAUUGAAGAUACUAGCUUUUUUAAUGAAUGUAAGGAGUAUCUAACCAUUCUCUCGAAGGAAAAUUUAAAUAUUCAAGAAGAAGAACAAUCGUUACUGAAAUUGGCACAACUAUUGAACGUUCCGUAUGAUAGACAUGUGUUUAAUUUUAUUUUCCAAGCAUUGAAUCCGAAAAAUUUUGCUCCAAAUUAUUACUGUGGUACUUCGAUAUCAGAGAUGGCUUUUGCCAAAACUUACUUUGACCCACUUUUUCAUUUGUGUUCUCUGUUGAAACAGAACUGUUAUAGAAAUGGAAAUGUUGAAAUUGGUGACCUUACAAAUGUGUCAAAACAUCUGGAAAGGUUAACACCUCAUGUUAAAAAACUAAGACCGGACGACAUUAUUUACCACAAACCUGGACAUGAUUAUCACAUUUCAUUAUUAAGAGAGGACAAAGUAAAAAAGUUUAGCCAUCAUUUAUUGCAUGAAGACUUCCCAAAGAUGGUGGUAAUGACAAGAAUUGCUCACUCUUGCACUCUUCGAAACUUGGUUCGAGAUGAAUUACAACCAUGGCAUAAUAACGUUACAACAUUGGGUAUCACUUGUGACCUUGAAUAUACAAAUGUGUAUGCAAUGUGUAGCAAUAUAGUUGAAGAGAAUGAAGGAUUUAAGAUACAUUACAACAUGAAAUUUAUUGGAAGCUUUAAACAUGACCAUUUGGAAGAGCGAGUUCAUUUAGUAGCACUAAUUGUGACAGCAAUGAAAAACGUCCAUCAAGAGGAAAUGCAACAAUACCUGUCAACCAAACGACCAACUUCAUUAAUAUCAUCGGCACACAGUUUUCAAAAGCAAGCACGAACGAUACAAAUUUCUGAAGUGGACUAUACUUUCACUCCCAAUCCAAACCUAAUCAAACACGGUUCAAAGAUGAUCCAAAGCGGAAAAUUGACAAACAGUACAACAACCUCCACUGACGUCUAUGUGAAAACAGGUGAAAUUUCAUUGGAGAUUGAAAAAACAAUAACAAUUUGUAAGAAAAUGAGAACUUUAUAUGUGAAAUGUGGAAUCUAUCCAUCAUGCUUGGUCAGUUUAGCUGGAUUUGACUUGGAAACUGUUUGGAAAAUGGAAAUGGAAAACAAAAUAACAAUAACCAAACACAUGAUGUUGGAUGUAUUAUGUCAACUUGCGAUUUUAGAAUCAUUGGGACGGAUUCAUAACGACGUGAAACCUCUAAACAUUAUUCGAUUUGAUCAUCAUUACUUUUUGAUCGAUUUUGAAAUUUCAGAGAUGUUUGACAGAACGCAAGAGUACUGGACAACCUAUGAAUGCAAACGCAACGGUCAAGUUGUGAAAAGCAAAUCAUACUCUCAAGGUUAUCGUGCUCCAGAAAGAAAACUUGAACACAUUGUUUCUCCCAAAAGCGACAUCUACUCUCUUGGGCUUGUUGUGUUGGAAUCUUUGAAUUUACGCGUCAAAGAUUAUGAACCAACCAAAACUACACUUUCAAAAUUAUUAUGGCAUGACAAUGAGGACAUUUCAGAGUUAGAAACAUUCCUAUCAAAGGCAUUGCAAGAAAACCCACAAGACCGACUUGCUCCACAACAAUUUCUCGCUUUAUUUAACUUGUCAGAAAGGAUCGAAUAUUUUCGAAAGGCAGAUGCAAUGACAACAAAAUACUUUCCAGAACCAAUUGUCGAUGACGCACUCUGGCAAUCCAAAAUGUUUUAG